CCUCGUUGGUAAUUCUGCAAACCCUUUUUCUAUUUCUCUAGCAUUUUCAAAUUUCAAUCUCUCGCAAUUGCUCAAAUUGGUUUAAAUUUCUAUGGUGCACUGAGCUAACCAUUGGUGUCUAUAUCGAGUUCAUUCAUCAUACUUUGCUGAGAGCAAGCAUGGAUAAAAAGUUGAAGGUCUACAUCUGGGACAUGGACGAGACUCUUAUUUUGCUCAAAUCUUUACUUACUGGGACAUAUGCUGAGGCUUUUAAUGGCCUAAAGGAUGUGAAAAAUGGUGUAAAUCUUGGAAAACUAUGGGAGAACCAUAUUCUUAAACUAUGUGACACACAUUUCUUUUAUGACCAAAUUGAGAGCUUUAAUCAACCGUAUCUUGAUUUCUUGAACCAAUAUGAUGACGGCGCAGACCUCUCUGGUUACAACUUUAGUCAGGAUAGUUUCGGCCCACUACUUGAUGACCUUAACAAACGUAAAUUGGCUUACCGUCACCGCUUUGUAGCUGAGAAGUAUAGAAAGGGAUUGCAUAAUAUUCUUAAUCAAGAUCUCAUAAAAUUGUGGGAAAGUUUGUAUGACUUGACUGACACUUACACAGAGAGGUGGCUUUCUUCAGCUAGGGCCUGCUUGGAGCAGUGUGCAGGCCGGAGAAGAGAAUCGACACCCUCUGCAAACUCAGAUAGUGCUAGUGAUGCUGCAUUUGAGCACAUCAAUGUCUUAGUUACCUCGGGACCUCUCAUACCCAGCUUGGCCAAAUGCCUAUUCUAUCGGCUCGAUAAUAUGAUUACUUGCAACAAUGUCUAUAGCUCGCUGGAUGUGGGGAAGCCCCAGUGUUUCGCAUGGAUCAAAGAGCGCUUUGGAGGGCCGAAUGUCCAAUUCUGUGCUAUCGGGGAUGGCUGGGAAGAAUGCGAAGCUGCUGAAUCUAUGAAAUGGCCAUUUGUCCAGAUCGAUCCAAAGCCAAAUGGUCUCCACAGGUUCCCAGGUCUCAACUCCGGAGAGCUGAAGCACUAUUUUUCGAUCGUGUAUGGGGAUGAUGAUAAUGAAGAUAGUAGAAAAAAAGGAGAGUUGUUAUAACAAAUGGAUUCUUUCCUGUUAAGCAGAAUACAUUAUUUGGAUUUCUAUGUUGGCUGUAUUUUGUGCAAUUUCUUAUAUAAAACUUCAUCGUGAAAGAUGAGAUUAUUUAUCA